AUGGGGGGACGAAGGCUGAUGUGUCCCAAGCUGGCAGCACAGCGAGAGGGCGGAGCUACGCAUGCGCUCUCUGCAGUGACACGUGGACUAGCCCAGCUCCCGGAAUCACUUCUUCGCUCAAAAGAAGCGGGCUCCGCCUCCUCUCCGGCGGGUGCAGGCGCCAGCAUGGCAGGGGGGCCGGGCUCGGGCCCGUCCGUGCUGUUCCUGCACCCGGACCUGGGCCUGGGCGGCGCCGAGCGGCUGGUGGUGGACGCGGCGCUGGCGCUGCGGGCGCGCGGCUGCCGCGUGCAGAUCUGGACCGCGCACUACGACCCCGCGCGCUGCUUCUCGGAGACGCGCGGCCUCGCGGUGCGGAGCGUGGGGGAUUGGCUGCCCCGCAGCCUCUUCGGGCGGGGCCACGCGCUCUGCGCCGCGCUGCGCAUGGCCUACGUGGCGCUCUACGUGCUGCUGCUGAGCGGGGAGGAGAUGGACGUGUUCGUGUGCGACCAGGUGUCUGCUUGUAUCCCACUUCUCAGGCUGGCCAGGACUCCUAAGAAGGUUUUGUUUUAUUGUCACUUUCCUGAUCAGCUUCUGACCAAGAGAGAAUCUUUUCUUAAACGCAUCUAUAGAGCUCCACUUGACUGGUUGGAAGAGUAUACUACUGGCAUGGCAGAUUGCAUUGUUGUCAACAGCAAUUUUACAGCUAAUGUCUUCAAGAAUACAUUUAAAUCCUUAAAUCAGAUUAAACCAGACGUCCUAUACCCUUCGUUGAAUGUCAGUACUUUUGAAACAAUUGUUCCUGCAGAUAUAGCUAGUAUAAUUCCCCAGGAGAAAAAAUAUUUGUUUCUUUCAAUCAAUAGAUUUGAAAGGAAAAAAAACCUAGCAUUAGCUCUGGAAGCUUUACAUGAUCUUCGUGGCAGGCUCGAUGCUCAAGAGUGGAAUGAAGUUCAUCUAGUUUUGGCUGGUGGUUAUGAUGAAAGGGUUUUGGAAAACGUGGAACAUUAUGAAGAGCUGAAGACUAUUGCGACCAAGCUUAAUAUUAGCGAGCAAGUCACUUUUGUGAGGUCUUUUUCAGAUGAACAAAAAAUCUCUCUUUUCAAUCACUGUGUGUGUGUGCUUUAUACGCCAAGCAAUGAACACUUUGGCAUAGUUCCUUUGGAGGCUAUGUAUAUGAGAUGUCCAGUUAUAGCAGUUAAUUCAGGUGGUCCUUUGGAAUCUGUUAUAAAUAAUUUUACAGGAUUUUUGUGUGAUCCCCUUCCAACACAAUUUUCUGAGGCCAUGGAAAAAUUUGUGAGAGACCCUGCCUUAAAGAAUACAAUGGGAGCAGCUGGAAGAGCAAGAGUUACAGAAAAAUUUUCUUCGGACGCUUUUACAGAACAGCUGUACCAAUACAUAUGUAGAUUAACACAGUAACAGAUACACUGCGUACUGUAAUUUACUGCUUUGUCAUGUUUCUGAUUUGUACAUGAGACAGUUGAUUAAACUAACGUCUAGGCUAGUGCAAGGAUGCUGAAAUAUUUAGAAAAUUUGAGUUAAUCUUUAAACUACACUUUUGAUAGUCUGUUUCAUGCCGGUUGCCACAAAAUAACAAGAUUUAGUUGAGGUGGAUUUGUUUACCACUGACUACAUUGAAUUUUUGCUGCAUAUCAUGUACUGGAAAAUAUUUUAAUAAAUUUAUUAGACUUCCUAGUUUAAACUGGGGAAAGUUAAAAUUAUGGCAAGUCUUCAGGUUGUAUAAGAUGAUUAACUUUCUUAUUUAAACUUUCUUCUCUACACUUGUUAUGAAUUAACUUUACAGUGCAAUUCUUCUGUUGUAAUACUAUGCACCAUAAUUUUCCACUUGAAUGAAUUUCUACUGAAAGGCUCUGCCAGAUCUCUGCCAAUUCUGGUGUGGAUGCAGUCAUUGAAAAUACAGUGAGCUAUACAUAUGCAAUAAAGUCCCAUGGUUUUUUGUGUUUUGUUUUUUUUUAAAUGCUAACCUGUAGCCUGGUGAUGUUGAACAGUCUUAAACUGUCUUAUUUGUCUGAGAACUCCUGUCCUUAAAUUGUAUCACCUAAUCAUCUCUGAUGUCAUAAUCCCAGUAACUAGCUGUUGUUCUUGGAGUAGUAGCAGAGGGAAGAGAGAGAAGGAUGAAACCAAGGAUGUCAAAAUCCCUCAGACAAAAAAUGGGGCCAGGAUUUAACCCCGUUUUCCCCUCAAAAGUCCCUGAAAUCUUCUUGAAUAUCAGCUGUUAUACUAAAUGUCUACAUCUACUGAAUUUCAUUUUGUCUAUUAGAAGCGUGUCUUGAUACAGCUUUCCUUUGUGGAUUUUCUGAUCCCCACAUAACCAGAUAGAUAUGUGGAAAAAGCCUUGAUAUUUUUCUUCCAUUUCCUUUCAAGAUGUAUCCCCAUAGUCUUGGGUCAUGCAAAAAUGGUAAUAUGAAUGAAUAUUUCCCACAAUCAAAAUGUCAAAUUGAGUUUUUAAAAGAGACGGUAAUAUGUCCGUCACUGCAUAAAAGUUGAGUUAUGUCUUUUAAAACUAAGAUGGUGGAUGAAGUCAUAGUGAGAAAAGUAUACAGUCCUCUGUUUUGGUUUUAGAAAAUCACACAAAGAGCAAAUAAAUGCAUGAAGUUAACUAACAGCCUUAGAUACAGAUUCUGCAAGUUUCUCUGUUCAGGGAGACUUCACUGUGAAACAGGCCUUAGAUAUGUUUGAUAUAUAGUGGUUCUUAUAGUGUACAAUGUAUCAGAACAUCACUUGAAAAGAUUCUAAGGGACUGCAUUUUGUGGCUUGCUAGAAAUUUGCUUCUAAGUUUAUAUUUUAUGCACUGUAUACAAGUUAGUUAUAUUUUGGUCUGAAAUCCUAUUGAGGGGGGCAAAUAUUAGCUCAUUAAUCUGAGGAGAAGGAAUAUCAGAUUUUAUAAAUACCUCAACUCAUUUUACUGAGCUUUGCAGGCCCAAUGCACUUUAUUUAACUUUGUCUUAUAUGGUUUUUGAUCUACAACAGGGGUUCUCAAACUGGGGGUCGGGACCCCUCAGGCGGUCACAAGGCUAUUACAUGUGGGGGUCAUGAGCUGUCAGCCUCCACCCCAAACCCCACUUUGGCUCCAGCAUUUAUAAUAGUGUUAAAUAUAUAAAAACGUGUUUAAUUUAUAACGAGGCUUGUACUCAAAGGCUUGCUAUAUGAAAGGGGUCACCAGUAGAAAAGUUUUAGAACCACUGAUCUACAAUAUACUAUUUGUAUGUGAUGGAAUAAAAUUGAAUUUAAUUUUGUAAAUGGAUAUGUAACUUGCAUAAUUCUCUGAAGUUUAGGUUCUGUACUUACUCUGUAUGGGCUCUCUGUGUACCACACUGUGUGUACGCUUUUGGGAUAGUUAACCUUUAUUCCAAGGUGUCUCUAGAAGUUCUCAGAAUUUUAGAAUUGAAUUGCUGUUUGAUUUAUGCAGAGAUUUUAACCUUUCCAUUGUUAAGAUUGCAGCCUAAAUCCUACUGUAACAUGUUUUGUUUUACCCUUCCUCACUUUUUAACUAAAUAAAAUCCCCUGGAGGCUGCAUGCUUCAGUAGCUAGGGCACUGGAAUCAGAGUCAGACAACUUGGAUUCUAUUCCCAACUCUGCCACUGAUAUGUGAAGUUCCAAUAAGCCCCCACCAUGCAGCCAGAAGUCUGCUAUCCCGUAGGCCUCAGCAUUCCUUCUUCACAUCUUUUCCUUUCACUGACUCUUUAAGCUGACAAAGUUAAAACAUGUAAAGUUUUUAGAAGGGAAAAAUUCAUCCCUUUAAAGUAAGUGAAAAAGUGAAAAGGACUUGUAAGAGGAAGAAGGGGAAGCUGGUCUCUAAUGUUCUGCUAAGCAGGCACCUUUUUCAGUGAACUGAGACCUUCAGGAGGCAAUUGAUAUGGAUGGGUGAGAGCUGAAGAGGAGGAGAGAGUUUGGGAUGGUUGGUGCCUAUUUCCACACAGAUCCAAGCCCUUUGCUGCAUAAUUUAGGUCUAAUGAAUCUUACAGGGCCUUGACAAUAAACACUGAGUGUUAAGUACACCAAUAGCUACUAGAUAGCAUUCAUUGGUGGCAGCUUCAACUUUAAAAUGAUCAGCAUUUUAUUGAACUCACUAAUACAAGUCAUGCAAACUUGGCAGUGGUGUAUAUAUGCUUAGUUGAAAUUGCUUGCUGGACUUUGCACCAACCGUGGUGCGAUAUUGCAUUGGAUUGUCACUGACAGUUGCAGUGAUGCUGGGGUGAUGUAUUGCAUUGCGUUUAAACUGUUUUCUUUCUGUGACAAUUGCAAAGGCACCAGGGCAUAGUUAAUGUAAUGAGAAUGUAAUUACAAAGCCCCCUUGUACCUUAAAAAAACAAAAAAACGUAUGUUUUCAAAAAUACAUCUUGGAAGGAAAAGGGCUUUUUUCCUGAAAUUUUGAAGGAAAUUCAGUUUACACUUUUCCAGCUCAAAAGAUUCGAAAUAACUUAUUAGAAACUUCAAAAAUAUUUUCUUGUGUUCUUAUUUCCUAAAAAUAAAUUAUAUUUGAGGAAUUAGUAAAUACUUCCCCCCCAUAGGAUGUCAGUUUUCAAGCAAAAAGAAAUUUUUACAGCUAGUGUUUUUCAAAAACCAAGAAUGAAGCCACUAAUGAAAAAAUGUGCAAAGGGCUAGUAUUUUUAGUGUGAAAGCCAAAAGGAGGAGGGAAAAAAACCCAUGUCAAUUCAGAACAUUUUUGUUGUCAAAGCCUACAUCUAAAAUUUGUGUGCCUUUUCAUGUAAAAAGCAUUAUAUGAGCAAUACGUUUGUCAGUGGGUGUGAGCAGGUAUAACUUCUCAUUCCCAUUAGUUUGGGCAGGAAAAGCUUUGUAGGUACAGUGAUUCCUCUAAUAGGACUUCAACACACACACACUCUCUGAACGGUCUCCAUUAUCCCCUUGUUCUGUGCUGCCACUUCUUCUCAGGCAAGAAUGGCUUGGUCUGUAUUCUCUCCAUGCUAACCCAGUCUAUGUGAUACUUCUCACAUCCUUAAGGACUCUUGUGGAACUUGACUCAGUAGACCCAGUCUAUGGCAUACUUAUAAAAUCAAUAAUGUCCAUGCUGAGCUUUCAAUCAUUAUAUGGCCACAGCAGCUGGGAUGGAGCAUGGACAAAGGAUGUGACACUUACCUUUAGGUGGGAAGGCCUAUAGCAUCUAGAAGGGAAAGAGGUCCUGUCCCAAUUCAGCUCAGGAAGCUGUUGGAAUUGAAGUAGAUUAACACAGUGUUCUCAUCCAGGGAUUGAAAAAUUUCCUUAACACCUACUAGCCCAUUUGAAAACAUCUGUCACUGAGCCCCUGAAAUCCCACAUCCCUGCAAUGUAAAGGAACAAAACAUCUUUGGACUCUUCAUACCUGAAGCAUUGUCAAUGAACUUUCUAUUAAUAAACAUUUAAAAUGUA